AUACCUUCAAUCGGUGCUGCCUGCUACACGAUCGAUCGGUGCCGCCUGCUACACGAUCGAUCGGUGCUGCUCUCCCCUGCUUCAAUCGGUGCUGCCUGCUACACGAUCGAUCGGUGCUGCCUGCUACACGAUCGAUCGGUGCUGCUCUCCCCUGCUUCAAUCGCUGCUGCUUCGAUCAGUGCUGCUCUCCACUGCUACACGAUCGAUCGGUGCUCCUCUCCACUGCUACACGACGGAUUUGGUGCUGCUCUCCACUGCUGCUCUCCACUGCUACACGAUCGGUACUGUUCUCCAGUGCUACACUCCAAGGCUUCGAGUUUUCGCUACUUGUACACCAUUGUUGUUGCUGGACUGA